AUGGCGGGUGACUUUCGAGCUGAGGCCAAGGAACUUGACCAGUGGAUUGAGCAACUUUAUGAAUGUAAUCAGCUGACAGAAGCACAAGUUAAAUCCCUUUGUGAAAAAGCUAAGGAUAUACUCACAAAGGAGUCAAAUGUUCAAAAUGUACGAAGCCCAGUCACUGUCUGUGGUGAUGUACAUGGUCAGUUCCAUGAUAUGAUGGAAUUAUUUCGCAUUGGUGGAAAGUCUCCGAAUACCAAUUACUUAUUCAUGGGUGAUUAUGUUGACCGUGGAUACUAUUCUGUUGAAACUGUCACUUUACUCGUGGCCAUGAAGGUUAGAUUCAAAGACCGAAUAACUAUUCUCCGGGGAAACCACGAAAGUCGUCAAAUCACACAAGUUUAUGGAUUUUAUGACGAGUGCCUUCGCAAAUAUGGUAAUGCUAAUGUUUGGAAAUACUUCACGGACUUGUUUGAUUAUCUCCCACUAACUGCACUGGUUGACAAUUCAAUAUUUUGCUUACAUGGCGGGCUGUCACCCUCGAUAGAUACUCUCGAUCACAUUAGGGCUUUGGACAGGAUUCAAGAGGUCCCCCAUGAGGGUCCAAUGUGUGACUUAUUAUGGUCUGAUCCAGAUGACAGAGGUGGUUGGGGCAUCAGUCCACGUGGUGCUGGUUAUACAUUUGGACAGGAUAUUUCAGAAACGUUUAAUCACAGUAAUAACUUAACUUUAGUCAGUCGAGCACAUCAGUUAGUUAUGGAAGGCUUUAACUGGUGUCAUGAUCGAAAUGUUGUCACUAUAUUUAGUGCUCCAAAUUAUUGUUAUCGAUGUGGUAAUCAAGCAGCUUUAAUGGAACUGGAUGAUAAUCUGAAAUAUAACUUUUUGCAGUUCGAUCCCGCACCACGUAGAGGUGAACCACAUGUAUCAAGACGUACCCCGGACUACUUCUUAUGA